AUGGUCUCCGAGUCUCCUGCAAAGCGGAAAUGCCUGGGGGGUGACUGCGACAACGAUGCUGGAACGCUCCAGUGUCCGACCUGCCUGAAGCUAGGCAUGAAGGAGAGCUAUUUUUGUUCCCAAGACUGUUUCAAGAGGAAUUGGAGCACACAUAAAGCAGUCCAUAAAACUCAGAGUAAUUUCCUCAGUAACCUCAUUCCCCCAAAAGUAGUUUCUGAACCCGAUCCAGUCACUGGAAACUACAACCCCUUCCCAACUUUCCCAUUCACCGGUUCUCUCCGCCCCGUGUAUCCUCUGUCCCCUCGGCGGGAAGUACCGAAAUCAAUACCAUACCCCGAUUACUGGAAGACUGGCAUACCAGAUAGUGAGCAGACGUUCAAGGGCCGUACGAAGAUUGAGAUUCUGGAUAAGAAACAGCAAGAGGGUAUGAGGAAGGUUGGCAGGCUAGCGAGAGAGGUGUUGGAUAUUGCGGCUGCGGCGGCGGUCCCUGGGGUUACGACGGACUAUCUUGAUGAGAUUGUGCAUAAGGCUUGUCUGGAGAGAAAGUCCUAUCCAUCACCAUUGAACUACGGUCAAUUCCCAAAGUCCGUCUGUACAUCCCCGAACGAAGUCAUCUGCCACGGAAUCCCAGAUCAAAGGGUUCUUGUCGAUGGUGAUAUUCUCAAUAUCGACGUUACACUAUACCAUGAAGGCUUCCACGGAGAUCUCAACGAGACAUACUACAUUGGGGACAAAGCCAAAGCAGACCCCGACUCGGUCCGUGUCGUAGAAGCCGCGCGAGAAAGUCUAAAUGAGGCCAUCAAGCUCGUCAAACCCGGAGCAUUAUUCCGAGACUAUGGAGACGUGAUAGAGAAGUAUGCUAAGGCGAAGCAGUGUAGCGUCAUCAAAGCAUACUGUGGUCACGGUAUCAACAGUUUGUUUCAUGGCAAGCCUAACAUUCCGCAUUAUGGUAAAAACAAGGCCGUGGGUGCUGCCAAAGAGGGCAUGUGUUUUACUAUUGAGCCUAUGAUUGCGUUGGGUACGCAUAGGGAUAAGACUUGGCCUGAUGACUGGACGAGUGUGACGCAGGAUGGGAAGAGGACAGCUCAGUUUGAGCAUACUCUCCUGGUAACGGAAGACGGCGUUGAGAUUUUGACUGCGAGAUUUCCUGAUUCUCCAGGUGGACCUAUUCCUAUGCCAGUAGCAGCGGUGGAGACGAAUGGUGGGAAUGGUGUGCAGUGCGACGGAAAAUCAUGA